AGCGAAACAGUCUCUGGCAGCGACGCUACCAGUGCAGAGCUUAUGGCAGGUAUGCGCGCCUGUUUUUAUUAUUGUAGCCUAUAGUAAUAUUUAAAAAGCUAAAAGAGCGCAUGUAUAUGUUGUAGGUAAAUGCCGCACCUAAAGGGUACACGUCGCCGAUCAAACGAAGGAAAUGCACUGAUGAGCGGCCCCAUCCCUGCCGUAUAAUGAUCGGAGACAUUGUCAUCGUGCGCCAACCUGUCUCUGUGUGUGUGCCUGUCAACUACAAGGUCACCCUGAGUGUCCGUGCUGAGGGUGCAAGCAUCCUCAGCUACCAGUGGUUCACUAGUGAUGACAAAGAGCCCAACGGACCGCCAUUAAAUGUGUAUGGUGGAACUCAAGCAGAUCUGCCCAUUGAAGCCAAAAAAAGUCAAUGCUAUGUGUGCCGGGUAAACGAUAUCUUUUCCAACUGUGUGUUCAGCGAGUGGGUGAAAGUCAAGGUGCUGAACAUUGAUGUCCCAGGUUUGCCGCUGAAGUGGAAGGGGGACCCCCACAUCGCUAUCAACCUGAAACCCCAGACGGUUCAACUGGGUGCAAAAAUUACUCUCCGCUGUGCUGCUUUUGGCAACCCUGCUCCAGACUACCAAUGGUACAGAAAUGGGCAUCCGCUAUUAAAAAGUACUAGUGACACUCUACAGAUUGACCAUGCCACUGCCAAACACAAAGGAGCGUACUUGUGCUCAGUGUCCAAUGUGCUUCAGGAGAUAUGGAGCGAAGCCGUAGAAGUUGAUGUGGUGGAAAAUGAUCAACUUCCUCUAGCAGCGCCCGCAGCUGUUGACAAAGUUGCCUUACUCAUCGGCAACUUGAGUUACUCCCACCACCCUCGCUUAAUGGCCCCCGUUAUGGAUGUACAUGAAUUGGCCAACCUCCUGCAGCAGCUUGGGUUCCGAGUGGUGUCCUUGCUGGAUCUCACCAAGGAAGAGAUGCUGGCUGCUGUGGACAAGUUCAUUGACCUCCUAGAUAGAGGGGUUUAUGGCCUUUUCUACUAUGCGGGACAUGGUUUUGAGCGUGCUGCCAGAAACUACUUGGUACCUGUUGAUGCUCCGGUGCCGUACAGAAGUGAAAAUUGUGUGUGUGUUCAACGCAUCAUGCGAAGCAUGCAGGAACGACAGACUGCUCUCAGUGUUAUCCUACUGGAUACCUGCCGCAAAUGGUACAACCAGCAGUGCAUCCCAUCAACCAUCAUGGCAUUGGAGCCCAAGGGGAAUACAGUGUACGGUUAUGCCACAUGUGAAGAUGCUGUGGCUUUUGAGGUCCAGGAUGGAGGGAAAAGCACAGGAAUCUUCACCAAAUACUUGAACAAGCACAUCCUUCAGGCAGAGAAGGUCACACAUGUCUUGGAGAGAGUGUCAGAGGACUUAGGCAGAGACCCUCUGGUGACGGGUAAGCAGGCUGUCGAAAUCAAGCACACCCUUAAGGAACCUCGCUCGCUCACAGAUCCAGUUAACACCGCCGGCCACACAAGGGAGCUUCACCUGAGAGAUGCUUGCUGGCGACAAGCAAAUGAGCUCCCAAGGAAGAAACGACUGAUGUUCCUUUGUCGGGUAGAAGUGGAAAUCAGCUUCUCAGCGUUGUUCUCAAAUGUUAUGGUGGCUUUUGGAGUUAUAAAGACCACAGGCCCCAAAACGGACAACUGCACCAUCACUCUGAGUAGCAUUCCUCCAAUGCAAGACAUAUUUUCUGGACCUGGAAGGUUUGAGGAGAUGGACUCCAUGCUAUUUGACAAAGCUCAUAACAUAGACUCUACUCUGCGAGUGUGUGGACUUCAAAAACUUAAGGAAUCACUAGUCAUGAAGGUGGAUCUACAUUAUACUCACAUGGACAGUAGGAUGCGCCUUACAGAGAGCCAACAAGUGGACUUAGGAGAGCCUUUGGUGGCAUCGUGCAAAUUGUACAAGACAAUUCAAACCACGUCUCCCAAGAAACCGGAAGCAGCUUCUGCCCAAAGUAUGAGCAACAUUGCAAGCAGCAAGGACUUGGUGGAUCACACACGGGCCGGUCCGUGUCGCCCUUUCACCAGGAAGGCUGAGUGCGGUGCUAAAGUAGCGGUUCUGAGGUGCAACGAACCUGAGGAGAAUGAUGAGAAUGAGCUACAUGACUUCAGGUGUCAACUUUAGACUAUUGUGAUCCUUUUCUACCGUGAUGUUGUGUAAUUGAAUUUGCAUUCUACUUGCAUGUGCUUUAUGAUGAUGACCAGUGAAUGUUGUUUGUGUGUCUUGUCCUUAGUUUUCAAUUAUUCAACACUGAAAAAUAUUAAUACUUACAUUUAUUGCAACGUUAAUCACAAAGUGUGUAUUGUUCAUUUCAAAUUGUUCAUUUAAUUUUCUUUUUUGUGUUAGAUUUUUUUUUUUUUUUACUUGGCAAGCUGGCUAGCCAAAUGCAUCUGACAAAGACAAUUACGCCUAUUUAUCCCAUUAAACUGUCAUCAC